AUGGCCACUAAAAUCGACAAGGAGGCGUGCAGGGAGGCGUACAACCUCGUCAGAGACGAUGCCACCGACGUGAACUGGGUGACUUUUAAGUACAAUGGCUCUACAAUCGUCCCUGGAGACCAAGGGGUAGACUAUGAAACCUUUAAAAGGAAGUGCACAGAUGAUGUUCGAUUGUUUGGCUUUGUCCGGUUCACCACUGGUGAUGCCAUGAGCAAGAGAGUCAAGUUUGCUCUCAUCACUUGGAUUGGAGAGGAUGUCAGUGGCCUGCAGAGAGCCAAAACUGGGACUGACAAGACUCUGGUCAAAGAAGUAGUACAGAACUUUGCCAAAGAAUUUGUGAUCAGUGACCACAAAGAGCUGGAUGAAGAUUACAUCAAGACCGAGCUGAAGAAAGCAGGGGGGGCUAAUUAUGAUGCACAGACUGAGUAAACACAGGAACCUCCUGGCACCAUCACCUGGAUCUCAAAGGGAGGGGAAAGGCACAACAAAGUAACACAACUGAGAGAUGAGGCAACUGAAAUCCCCAGCUUUCUGUGUGUGCAGCUAAGAACUCCCUUUCUUUGCAUACAGUGGACUUUUAUUUUCCGUUCCAUGUCAUGAAACAUCCCUCUUUGGGGUUCUGUUUUUCUUUUUUUCCCCAUUUUUUUACUCACAACACUGUCCAUCUUCACACAUCUGUGGAAUUUAGGUUUGGCUCUGCUUUGCUCUUAUUCAGCACUGUAGUUGUAGGGGCUUGCCAUUGUGUCUUUCUUCCUAUGCAUGCAUGUCUGUCUGUCUGUCUUAAUUGGGCUCAACCUGCUCUCUGAGAGGAGAAAGUUUUGUGGAAAUUCUGUACACUCAUUAUUUUAUCUUUUUGGUUUUAAUUUGUUCCAACUGAUGUUCUUGGGAACGAUAUUUUUGUGCUUUUCUAGUCUCAGAUCAACUUGAGCUAACUUCACUCAAGUCUUGAUUAAAUUGUCAGAGCUUAACUGUCCAGCUGAGAUGUUACCU